UGUGGUGUCGCUGGUGUCGUCUGCCGGAUUUUCUUAACACUAAUAUGGAUGUUGGAGAAUUAUUAAGCUAUAAGCCAUCGAAAGAACCAAAGAGGGGACUUGCUGAAGAUGAUGAAAUUGAAGCAAGGCCACGCUUAAAACGAAUAGCUCAAAUACCAGAAUUUUUUCAUUCGGAUAGGAGGAGUUUGAGACAAGCAUCUACCCCUGUUCAAUCACUUUCACAACAGCCAUUAGUCACUGUUCUUCCAGAAGAAGAAAAACCAGAAACUGCAGAUGAUAUCCUUGCAGAAGCACCUGUAAUUUUAUCAACAGUAAUUUUAUUUAUGGAUUCAGAAAUUGAACUUAAUGAUAUAAUUCAAGAAAUGCACAUAAUUGCUACUCAACCUGAUUUAUAUAAUGUAUUAGUGGAAUUAAAUGCCAUUUCAACGAUUCUUGGAUUACUCACUCAUGAAAAUUCUGAUAUAGCAAUUGCCAUUGUAGAUUUACUUCAAGAAAUGACUGAUAUUGACACUUUGCAUGAGAGUCAAGAAGGUGCUACUGUAUUAAUAGAUGCAUUACUUGAUGGGCAAGUUGUUGCUCUUAUGGUUCAGAAUUUAGAAAGGUUAGAUGAAACAAUCAAAGAAGAUGCAGAAGGUGUUCAUAAUACUUUAGGCAUUAUAGAAAAUUUGACUGAAUUCAAACCAUUAUUAUGUGUAGAAACUGCACAACAAGGUCUAAUGCAAUGGAUAUUAAAGAGAUUAAAGGCAAAAAUGCCAUUUGAUGCAAACAAAUUAUAUACAAGUGAAAUACUGUCAAUUUUAUUGCAAAAUCAUGAUGAUAAUAGGAAAUUGUUGGGUGAACUUGAUGGAAUUGAUGUUUUACUCCAGCAACUUGCUUAUUUCAAACGUCACGAUCCAUCAAAUUCAGAAGAAUACGAAAUGAUGGAGAAUCUCUUUGAUUCUCUUUGUUCAUCUUUAAUGUAUGUUCCUAAUAGAGAAAAAUUUUUAAAAGGAGAAGGUUUGCAAUUGAUGAAUCUGAUGCUGAGGGAGAAACGACAAUCAAGAAAUGGUGCUCUUAAAGUCUUAGAUCAUGCAAUGUGCAAUCCAGAAGGAAGUGAUAAUUGCAAUAAAUUUGUUGACAUUCUUGGUUUAAGAACAAUUUUUCCAUUGUUUAUGAAAACGCCAAAGAAAAAUAGAAAAAAAGGAUUAAAUUUAGAAGAGCAUGAAGAGCAUGUUUGUUCCAUUAUUGCUUCAAUGUUAAAGAAUUGCAAAGGAACUCAACGUCAAAGAUUACUUAACAAGUUUACAGAAAAUGAUCAUGAAAAGAUUGAUCGUUUAAUGGAAUUACAUUUUAAAUAUUUGGAGAAAGUACAUCAUGUUGACAAUCAAAUUGAGAAAGAGAAAGCAGAAUAUCGUUAUAAUGACGAGGAAGUCAAUUCUAUGAUGGAAGAUGAAUUCUACUUAAGAAGAUUAGAAGGUGGUCUGUUUACUUUACAGUUAAUUGAUUACAUUAUGCUAGAUACAUGCAGCUCUGGACCCUCUUCGAUAAAACAGAGAGUUCUUCAAAUUCUUAAUUUGCGUGGUGGAUCUAUAAAAACAAUUCGUAAUGUCAUGAGAGAAUAUGCUGGCAAUUUGGGUGAUGCGAAAGAUUCAGCUGCAAGAGAAGCAGAGCAGCAGCGCAUUUUGCAAUUAGUGGAUCGUUUCUAAUUGUUUAAAGACAUUUUUUAAUCAAUCACCUUACACCAUUUCAUUCUUCACUCUGUCCAUUUGUAAUUUAUUCAUUUGGAAUAAUCAUCAACAUAUUUUAUUAAUAAAAUGCAUUCUUAUUCUUGA